AGGAAGUAAAAGGGUUUUGGAGAUUUGUUGUGUCGCUUAAAACCUACAAGAGUUGUAUUUGGAGUUUUAAAACUCGGUUUAAUCUCGGUUAAAUUUAAUAUAGAUUUGUUAUUUUAAAAACAAAAGUAAAGGGGAAAAAAGCGGUGAACCGUGUGGAGUCUGUCUAAGGAGUGGGAACAGCUGGGGCAGCCAUGAAUCGAGUACCUCUGCAACAGCCGAUGAGCUGUGGGCCCUGGGAGCUGAAGGAGCGAUUGGGGACCGGAGGCUUUGGCAAUGUGACAAGAUGGCAAAAUAAGGACACAGAGGAGCAGAUUGCUAUAAAACAGUGCCGUCAAGAACUGAGUGAGAGAAACAAAGAGAGAUGGUGUCUGGAGAUCCAGAUCAUGAGGAGGUUGAAUCACGUUAGUGUUGUCGCAGCCAGAGAAGUUCCUGCAGGAAUGCACAAACUGUUGGCCAACAAUGACCUGCCGCUUCUGGCCAUGGAGUACUGUCAGGGAGGAGAUCUGAGGAAGUAUCUAACCGUCCUGGAAAACUGCUGUGGAAUAAGGGAGGGCUCUGUUAUGAUGCUGUUACGGGACAUUUCUUCGGCUCUAACGUACCUCCACAAGAUGAGGAUUAUCCACAGGGAUUUAAAACCUGAGAACAUAGUGCUGCAGCAGGGAGAGAAGAGACUAAUCCAUAAGAUUAUUGAUCUUGGCUAUGCAAAAGAACUGGACCACUCCAGCCUGUGCGUCUCAUUUGUAGGAACACUGCAGUACUUGGCCCCUGAGCUCAUUGAGAGGCAGAGGUACACUGUCAGUGUGGACUACUGGAGCUUUGGGACUUUGGUGUUCGAGUGCAUCACAGGAUUUCGUCCCUUUUUACCAACAUGGCAACCUGUUCCCUGGCACAAUAAACUAAGAUUGAAACAAGAUGAUGACAUUGUUGUCUAUGAGGACCUCUUAGGGGAAGUCCGCUUCUCCAAACAUUUGCCUCAACCAAACAACCUCAGCAGUCUGCUGUCAGAGAAGUUGGAGUCGUGGCUGAAGCUGAUGCUGAAGUGGUCGCCUCAAGAGAGAGGCAAGGACAAAAACGCCACUCCCAGUAACUGUUUCGCCCAACUGGAGCUCAUACUGCAACUCAAGCUGGUUCAUGUCCUCAACAUGAUGUCCGCUAAGACUCUGAUAUACUCAGUGUCAGACCAGGAGACCGUGGCAGACUUACAGUUAAGGAUCGAAAAAGACACCAACAUCCCCGCAGCCAAUCAGGAGCUGCUGCUGGAGGCGGGGCUGGCUUUGGAACCCCAAGGCCUCGCCAUACAGUGUGCCAUAGACUAUGCAGAAAUAGAUGGGCCUCGGACAGAUCAUCCUCUGGUCUUCCUCUUUGAUCGAUCAUCCUGUAACUAUGAGCCCCAGUUUACACCUCGCACCCUUCCUGAAAACAUACGCUUUGUCCAAAAUGACCCCGAGCACACGCUGCCUUACAGUCCUCUCAGGAGGACUUGUGGCCAGGCGUGGCACACCAUCCGCUCUCUGAAGGAGGACUGGCAAAGGCUGCAGCAGGGACAGAAAGCUGCCAUCAUGAGUCUCCUGAGACACAACUCCUCUCUGUCCAGACAGAAGAUUGAUAUGGUGUGCAUGCACCAGAGACUUGUGGCCAAACUGGACUUCUUCACCACCAGUCUUCACAUAGACAUGGACAAAUACCAGGAGCAGACAGCCACUGGGAUUGCAUCAGAGAAACUAAUGUGUGUUUGGAGAGAGAUGGAACAGACUGCUAUCAGCUGUGGUCAGGCCAAGGUGAGUGAACUGGAGGAGGAGAUGAUGGGGCUGCAGUCAGACAUCGUGGAUGCACAGAGACAGCCGUGGCGGAGUGGAGAGGCCUUGGAUACGCUUGAAGGAAAGGCCAUGGAGAUGUUCCGCAAACUCAGAGAGAAACCCAGAGAACAACGGUGCUCAGGGGACAGUCGGGAGGUGGUGCGCCUGGUGGUUCAGGCGGUGCAGUUCUAUGAGAGGAAACUGAGAGACUUCUACACACACCUCAGUAAAACUGCAGGGUGUCGUCAGCGUGUGAUGGAACUGAUACCAAAGGUGGAGGGCGUGAUUGAGAAGAUGGCGGAGAGCGAGCGAGUCCUGAUGAAUCUGCAGGAAAAACGGCAGAGGGAACUGUGGAACCUGCUCAAAGUGGCCUGUAGUAAAGUUCGCAGCCCAGUAAGUGGGAGUCCUGAUGGAUUACGAACCCCUUCUUCUGUGCCUCCACUACUGACCCCAAGACACAGCCUUCAACAGUUUGACGAAUCUCUUGUGGAGGAGAGCAGGACAUUUGAAAGUCGGCUGCAGAGCUUACUGCAGGACACCAUCCAAGAAUCAGAGAGCAGUAUGGAGAUGCUGACGGAGUGGUCGUGGCUUCAUGGAGGCCAGAACUUCUCCAGUGACCUCUCCUAAAAGCUCAGACCACUAUGCCUUGUGCUCUGCUGCCUCUGUGUGGAUGGGAUGUCAAACUACCAAUGAUGUGUGUAACUGUACACAAGACAAUACUCAAGUUGUAAAAAAAAAAAAAAAAUGAAGGGGGAUGGUGGAUUUGAUCAUAUGGGGACAGGUAAUUUGUGCUGGUGACGGGG